CCUUGGUGGCGGCUCGCGCUGGCGGCCUUCUGCCGCGCGUUAGGGGACGGCAAGGCAACAGCAACACCAAGUUUGCAACUUCAACAAUACAAACUACACAAUCCCCCUAGCUGGCUAUUGUGGUGCCUACGUGACCACAAACGCGUUUAGCGUUUUAAACGAAGCGUUUAAAUGUUAGCGUUUAAACGGUAAACGCGCCUUCUUGGGUUUCUAAAAGCUAGGGUAAAGGCACGUUCGGGCAGCCGUAAAAUUUCCCCCGGGCAGGGGAAAAAAACCUGGGAUCGGUGGGGGGAGGCAAGGGGAUUAUUAUGGUAUACAAUUUAUUUACUCCAAUAUCGUGAUUAGACUCUGGCUCAGACGUUGUUGGUAUCGUAAAUAUUAGAUGUUGCAGACGUUGUAGGAUUAGUGUCUGCAGCAUUAGGGGGGGUCAACAUGGGCGUGGGCCCUUAACUGAGUGGAAAUUAGGUGGCCAGGGUGGGAGGUGAGAGAAUCGGACUGGAUCUGAGCUACGGCUAUGGCGCGCGGAUCUCUAGGGUUCCCGUUUUUGACGGGAAAGAGAUUGUGACGGAAGGAGGGGAGAAAGUGGUUAGAUUGGAGUGAAAGUCGUUGAUGAACAGGGUGCUGUGCGGUUGAGCGGGGCAAAAGGAUUGGAUGUAUUUUUUUCGUUAGGCUGGGAUUUGCGAUUUGGCAAAUGUCUGGUUGGACUCGCCAAGUCGCAAUGUCGCGGAAAAAAAUUGAUCGAAUUUUUGGCCGGGCUGCCCCUAAAAUUUUGCCCGAGCGUUUAGCGUUUACGCGAGCGUUUUGCGUUUAGCAUUUAAGCGCAGCGUUUAAACGCUAAACGCUGCCCCGCCAGAGCGUUUGCGGUCACGUAGUGUGGUGCUCAACAACCACACUUCUAACGAGGCAUGGAAAGCCUCGCCGAGCUUACCAGAGCGCUCACGCUAGCGCGCACUUCACCAACGCGGACCUACACACGACGGGAGCCCGUCACGCGACUUGGUCCGCUCCAGCUUCCUUCAGCAAGGCCGCCACAUAGCCCACCAGGAGCAUCAGCGCUGAUACGGCGCCGCCAACGAUGUCUACAGCUGCAGCCGAGUCUAUGCUCGCCGAUACUGCCCGCAUCACGGCGAGCAGGCGCGGGUCCAACACGGUUCCCGGGGUGGGUGCAGGUUGCACUCGCGGUGACACGACUGCCAGAUCAGCUGCAGCCAUCGCGCAGCGGUGGAGAGGAUCGUGGGGCAUCUUGCACGGGCUCGCUGAGCUCCGUAGAACGGAGUGCGAGUCCGUCAGCAUCUCCACAACAUACCCCAUCGCCCGCUGCGCGUGCCAGAGCCGACGAAGAGUGGCGAUUGGGAUCGCAGUAUCCGCCAGGCGCUCCCUCCCACGCAGGCGCUCCAGCUGCGCUCUCUGCAGCAUCCGCAGCCCAGCAGAACGACGCCGCCCCUGGUCCCCAGGAGGAGAGUCCUCACCGGUGGACUCAGCCCCCCCCAUCUCCGCUGCUUCUUCCCCCCCCUCAACUCCGGUCGACGAGGGGGGACAAAGGGCGCUGUCGCCAGAUCGCCGAAGGACGCUGGCACCACCGGCGGCGGCCGGCCACUGGGCCAACCUCCCACCGAUGCUUCCAGGGGCGCUGGCAGCCAGCGCGGCGGCACCUCCGCGGACCGCGCGUUCAGCGGGUACGGCUCGACUCGAGGCGCCACUUGUGGCUGGUGCGGAACGAGAAGGGCAGCAGAGGGGAAGUUUGGUGGAGGAUGCGCGGACGGAGGAGGCGGUGGCAGCUGCUGGCUGUUUUGGAGCAGUGGAGGCACUGCAGUUUGGUGGCGACGUAUGUGCCGACACCUGCUGCGGCGGGAAAUGCGCCUGCUGCUGAUGCUCGGGGUGGUACUGGUGCGAUGAUACAUGCUGGGGGGGAUACGCCAUUGGCUGCUGGGGCUGGGCGACAGCCCGGAGUAGGCCUUCGAGUGUCGCGGCAGCUCGCCCUAAACGCCUCUCCGCAGCCGAUCCGCGGUUACUCCCCCCGCCGGCCCUCCAGCCGAGGCGCUGGCCAGAACGCCCACGCUGCGCCUGCAGAGUCCGGUGCUGCUGCGCCGGCUGCGCCUGCGGGCGGCGCGGGGGCGUCCCACGGCGAGGAGGAUGUUGCAGGUGAGGCUGCUGACGCGCCUCGCCGUGCAUCGCAGGCCCACGACCGGCCUCCAGGGCGCGCUCGGGAGUUUUCUCCUCGCGCCUCUGCGGAGCGGACGGCCGACUCCGCGAUCGCCCGCGCAUCCGCUCGCGGGUCUGCUGGCGGGCUGACGAGGGGACAGGGAGCCCACGCUCCCAAUCACGGUUCGACUUGGCUGGAGGACUCGCCUGACCUUGGGGGGGCGCACUCUCUCCAGAGCUCUCCAAAUCGGCAGAGCGCUCACGAACGGGCCGGCCCAGCUCGAACCCCGAUGGCUGGUCCAUCAGGAGACGACGCGCCGCGCUCAGCUCCACCCACGACCCGACACGAACAACGGAAGGCGAGCAGGGUAGCCCCGAGGGGAGAGCGAGGAGGAGGGCGCAGGGGACACGCUGGGCGGGCAACUACGGGUCGCGGACGCGGGCAAUCCAGGCGAGGCGAUCUGUCCUGCGACGGAGGUCCGCUGAACGGAUUCCAGCAGGCCGCGACCAGGGCUUUAAGAGCCUUGGGUCUACAAGGAACUACAGGUGAAGAGGAAAGGGCCGAUGGAACUUAUGUACCUGGGUAGCAGAGGGAGUCUACAACUGACGCCUCUAGUGAGGAAGGAGGCGUGGAGACAGACAGACGUUCAAGAGGGGGAACUGCGGGCCCAACCCACAGAUCUGGGUGACGAAGGUCCAGCAGCAUGAAUAAUACACGGGUACCGCUGGACACCCAUCCCCACACAGCUCCGCAGCUGUCCCCAGAAGAGCUGGCGAACGACGCCUCCAGAUUCGCUGGGAUUGUCAGUUGGGACAUCGCAAUACUAUGCGACAGCCGCCAACCCCCGCUCUCCCGCCGGUUACCUCCCCAAAUUCGUCAACUUUUCGCGCUCGCCCUGCUGACACCCCUUCUUUUCCUCGCCAAAAAUCCAACCUCCACUGAAGGUUGGAUCCUGUUACUCUACCUCCCGCGUCUCACCCUUCGCCUACCUUCACCUAGACGUCCCGAUUGGCCCGCGGCAGAAAAACGCCUGCGACAAUUCCUCACGGGCCAAUGGGACGCUCUGUACCAAGCAGCUGCAUCUGCGGUUACCCUGCCACCCCCACCCCGCCACGUACCUGACACCCUCCGGAAAAUAUCCCGAGCCGAGGGGCUGGUGCGACGUGGUAGCUUGCGACGAGCUCUGCUCGCGUUGACCUCAACCCCAGUCAGCGAGUCCACCCCUGCUGUCCUGGAUGCGCUGAAGUCAAAACACCCCCACCAGCUAGCCGAAGACCUUAACUGGCCGCAGCUGGGCGAGGACAACAGACCGCCGACAAUCGACUUCGCUGAUUUCGCGAAGCUCCUCUCUCGCUGCGAAAAUGGGGUUGGAGCGGGGCCAUCAGGAAUGACUUUCGAGCAUCUUCGCGAUGCCUCGCUCACCAACCCCUCAGUCGCCAGGCACCUCCACGAGCUCGACCAGAUCUGCCGCACGAGGUCAGCGAGCUCCUAACCUCCUCACGCCUCCUGGCACUCACCAAACCAGAUGGAGGUACUCGCCCCAUCGCUAUCGGCGAGUGCCUGCAUCGACUGGCGGCUAAAUCCGCACUCAACACAACCGGCACAAGUCUAUUUCCUCCCACACCAAUUCGGGGCGGCAGUCAGGGGUGGAGGAGAGAUAAUCAUCCACGCCACCAGGGGCUUCACCUCCGCGCGCCCGGGAUCGCUGAUCCUGCAGGUCGAUCUCUCAAACGGGUUCAACAAUGUUGACUGUGGGGCUAUCAUUUACGCCAUCAAUCACUCACCCCUGCGCCCCCUUCUACCGUUCAUACAAUUCUCGUAUGGGGCACCGUCCCUGUUUUACCUCUUUGCGGCUGCCAUCCACCCUGCGCUCCAGGCCACCGCGGCAGCCCACCCCGGGGUCCUCUGCCUCGCCUACGCAGACGAUGUGACCUUCGUAGGCGACCCCGGUGCCUGCACCUCGGCGUUCCUAGACUUCACGGCCGCCAUGGAACGCAUCGGCCUCUCCGACAACCCCGCAAAAUGCGUGGCAUGGUCCGCCGAGCGCCCCGCGGGCCGCGCCUGACUGCCUUCCGCCAGACAUACCCUUCAACGUGCUGGGCAGUUUCAUAGGCACACCAGAAGGCACAGCAGGUUUCCUCCGCACCCAGCUGGCCGUGCUCGCCGAACCCCUCGCCACACUGGCCACGAUGGACCCCCAGUCCUCCUCCCUCCUCCUCACACGCUGCGUGUCCAGGCGUGUCUCGUACCUAACCCGCACCACCCCCCUGGAUUUCCUGCCCCUGGAGGCUUGGUCCGAGUGGGGCAGGGAGCUAUUUCACACCCUACUACGCGCCUGCAACCUCUAGCCACCUCGGGGUGAGUCGGAGCGGGCGCGUAUUUGGGCCCAGGCAUCUCUCCCUCUCUCUCUCGGAGGGCUGGGCCUCACCGAUCCAGCGAUUGAAGGGCAUCCGGCUUUUCUCACUAGCGUCACCCAAGCUCAGGCC